UGAACGCGACACUUAUCACGACGAUGUAAACAAUUCUAAAAUGUGUAUAUAUCUUGUCACCACGCAUUCAGAUUGUGAUCACACUUUGUGACAGAUCCUGUUUGAGAACAGUUGCAAACUCAAGCUGCCGCAAACACGCUCUGUUAACAAGUUGUGGCUUUUCUGAUUCCCAACAGCACCGGCAGGUCACAUGUGGAUGCGGACGCGUUGAUUGUCACGUACACAGUUUGACAGCACCCCGUGCAUUCGCUGCCACUGCACUCUGCACGGGCUGGUCCUCUCAGGUCCUUUGUCAUAUAUUCAGCAGAUCAUCUGCUUACGACUUCAGCGAGAGGUUUGCACAGUUCAUUACCCUGUGCAUUUAUUUAGCGGCUCAAACAACAAGUUGAGAGAGCCAUGUCCCUUGCCAAGCGAGUUGUCCAGGUGAUCAACCUCGGACGCAUGGGCUUCAUGGCCGCUUCUGAUGUCCAGCAGAGAUAUGCUCGACAACAUUUUGAUGAACUUGCUGGAAAAUCUGUUGGGAGUGACACUAUUCUUCUGGUUGAGCACAAUCCAGUUUACACAACAGGAAUCAGAACGUCUGGUUACGAUGAAGCAGAUGAAAGGAGAUUGAAAACUCUGGGAGGCGAGUUUUUCCGAACCAACCGUGGAGGGUUGAUCACUUUCCAUGGACCUGGUCAGCUUGUUGCAUAUCCCAUCCUGAAUCUGAAGCAUUUUGAACCCAGUAUGAAGUGGUACAUUGCUAACUUGGAAAAAACAAUGAUUGGUAUGUGCAAACAUUUUGGUGUGUCAGCGAAAACAACAGAAGACACUGGCGUCUGGGUGAACAAUCGCAAGAUUGGUGCUAUUGGUGUGCAUGGUAGUCGGUACGUAACAACCCACGGAGUUUCCGUCAACUGCGACACAGACCUGGAGUGGUACAAACACAUAGUCCCCUGUGGCAUUGAAGACAAAGAAGUCACAUCCCUUUCCAAGGAACUGAGAAAGACAAUCAAAAUAUCUGAUGCAAUCUAUCCAUUCCUGAAAUCCUUCGAGCACACGUUUGACUGUCAGAUUGAGUAUUCCCUCCUUGAGGCGUCAGACCUUCAUAGCAUGUACACUCAGCCGGUGCAGCCUGCGCAGCAGGUGCAGGCAGUGAGGCAGAUGUCCACGCUGGUGCCCCGAGCCAAGUCCAACCCCAUGUGGUAAAGGUUGUGCAGCAUGCGAAGACGUGAGAUUAUGAACAAGGUGUUGCAACACUGAGAAUGAGGUCAACAUAUAUGACCUUGACCUUGAUUAUCAUAUGAACUUCAUUGUCUUGACCUUGACAUAUCAUUUCUUCACUGAAUUUGUAUAGGUGGGCAUUGGUAUAAGGAUAGGUAAAGAUACAUUGUGUCUUGUGAACACGACAGCUGACCUUCACCUUGACCUUAUAAAGUGUUUUACAACCUCAGAUGAGAAAGAUAACAAAUAAGGCAAUAUUUUCCGGAUUAAAUGGUGUAACCGGCUUACAGGGCUCUUUGUCUUGGUGCUGAAGUCGAAAUGCUUCCUUCUAAUCUGCCAUUUGUGGAUAUGAUGGUAUAAAGUUUCACCUACUUGUGUGCAAUUCCAUAUAGAUUUGUGAAGAGCUGCAUAACGUGUUAGCGAUAUGUGUGUCUGUAUGGAUCAAUGUCACAUAGCGUGAGUCAUAAUGGAAGGUAAACAUGAUUGAUGGACGUAAUUUUGAUCAUAGUUCGUAAUGUGAUAAUUUGAAUCAAUUGUGUUUCAAGUUGAUAAAUCAAAAGUUAGUCUAUGUAGGCAUAGCUGGCCAGUUUGCAGUAUCAGAAGAUGUGUUGUUUAGAGAAUUUUUGUGUUGCUUGUUAUCUUAUAUGUACAAUAAAGAAUCAGGGGCUGUUGUUGACACUAUGCACUUUGAUCUUAUGUUUAUAAGAUUGUGUUAGAGAAAAUAGCAAGAGAUUGAGCAUGUGCACUUGAUGUGAAAUCAAGCGAAUAUACUGCAAUAUUUCUUCUGACGGGUAACCACUUGGUUCAAGCAUUUGCUCGUCACGCUCAAGACCCAGGUGCAGUUCCCCUCAUUUGUGCCCAUCUCUGUAUCCCCCAAGUGAUGGAAUGUUGCAGAGAAUUGUUAAAAAUCAUAUUCGCUCGCACUGAUAUUUAAGCUUUUCAAACACUUGAUAUUGGGCCUCAGAUCUGAAAAGGUUUUCAGAUAUCAUGUACAAUCACAAUAGUUUACAACUUGACAUUACUUGUGCAUCUUUGGGUCUGAGUGCUCUGUUGAAUAUUUGAUGAAUAUUGAUAAAUAAACUGAAAACAGUU